CAGAUCUUUUUGUGAAUGAAAUAAUUGAACUAUAUUUCAAGUACAUUUCACUUGAAAUUCAUGGUUGUCUAUGUCAAUUUGGUCUUCGUGUGUAAGACAGAUCUCAUUCUGAGAACUUAAGCAAUGGAGUUUUUUGUUGUUGUUUUUGGUUUUUUUGUUUGUUUUUGUUUGUUUGUUUAUUUUUUAAGGAAAAGAAAGGAGAGAAGGAAAUGGGGUAUUCAGUGAUUUUGCUCCUUUAGGCCUCUUUAGAAAUAUCCAGUUUUACCAUAGUGAAUUGUUCAUGCUUGUUUGGUCCAGCUAUUUCGAUGAUGUUGAUGUCAACGCUUGCCUAUUGAAGUUUGCUUUUGCCAUGCUUUAUGAGGUGGUGUUGGAUGUUGGGACCAACUUAGAGGUCCACAUUCAGAUGAGUGGAUUUUCCUUACUGUUAACCGAAAGCAUUUGCAAUUUUGUUGUCGUACUCCUUGGUUCUAGUUUAGGUGUUAAGGGGUCUUCUGUAAAUCAUUGGUAAACUGACGUUCAGUGAAGUGGAUGCUGACAGGAGAGUGUACCUUAUUGCACCUCUUGGUAUGGAGAUAUGAUAGGUUGUUGGCACAAAUGGAGAGCAAGUGUGUAGAGUUCCAAGGAAAUUUAUUGGUUCAGCUGUGGAAGCCAAUGUUUCCAAGCUGUUGGGAUGCUGUGCUGCGGAUGGUCCUUGUAGACAUUGGAACUUGCCCAUUGCCCUCUUCUCCUCCAUCAGUUACCCAGUGGCUGAUUUCCGUCUCUGGUUGUGAUGGCUACAAAUAUGGAAGAAGUCCUUGUGAUUUAAGUUGUCUGUUGCUUGUGGGGAAGACAAAUGGCGGUCAGGAUGAAGAGGCUGGGGAUGCUUGGUUCUGCUCCAUCUCUUCUAUGAUAUGUCUUCUCGGUACCCCAGAUGUUGGACUGUAGAUGUGGCUUGAUUUCUGAAUACGCAUCUUGGAUGUUUCGCGGCUUUGAAUUCCUUUGUUUAAAAUUUCCUGGCAAAUAUUAAUGACUUAAGAAUGGAAAUGAGAAAUAAUUCAUUUAAUGGUGUGAGACUUAUUCUACAGCAGUGCCUUCACAUCGCUGAUGAGGUUGCCAUAGCAGUUGGAUUUGUGUUGCAGGGACAGACCACUAGGGAGGCGCUGUUGAGCUGGAAGGGGUUGGUAGCACUGUGGGGCUUUUUCAGGAGCUCGUGGCGCUUCUGUCCCAAGCACUACGUGCAAGUAUUGGAUGACAAAAGGAAGAGCUUUUGUCUGGGGGUACUAUGACUUAAUUUAAAAAUAAAUGCCCCUCGGGUGGGGUGACCCCCAAGGUGGGCUGUUGCUGGCUGCAUGGCUGUGAGCUCCACUGCCAUUCUUUCAAAAUGGCUUGUAGCAGCAGCACUUCCUGUCCAGGGAGGAAGUAAUUUUAGCCCAUGCACUGAAAUAUUUAGCAAAUCUUUAAAACAAAAGGAACAAAUUACGUUUCUUUCUGGUUUCAAAAGGGUGGCUGAGCCACAGGGGGUUAAGGUGCCCCUUCUGCUGGGGUAGUUGGAAGGAGCCAGGGCUGUGGGGGGUAGCAGGCACCCUUUAGGUGGAGGCUAUCUCUUUUUUUGGUAGAAAUGAAGGGGUGGGUCCAUGGUACAUCACCUGAGUUGUGGGGUAAAUGUAGAGAGUGUCAAUCAAAGGCAGAGCUCAGAGCUGGGAAGGAGCUCUAGAUGGCGGCUGUGCCUUAGAGAGAGCGCGCUCAGCUCCGUGCCUUCCCUAACACUUUACGCAACUUUCCCUAACUUUCGGGCAGCCUCAGGGGGCCCCCACAGCCCCUUGCCUCUCCUAGGCACUAAUAGGGGGCCGAGCGGACCUUUUUCGGGCAGAAAAGCAGCUUUUGAGGGCUCCCUUUUCGUGCCUUGCUGGAAAGAAGAAGCCGUGGAGAGAGCCCAGGUCGUUGUUUUUCCAGCUUAGAAGCCAUGGCGUACCUCCAUUUUUGUGCGCUCUCCUAAUGAGCUUUUUCCCCCGGACAUUUUUGUACUAAUUAUCGUUUCUUUUGCUUUACCGACAGCAUAUUUUUGGGAUUAGAAUAUAUAUAUUUUUUCUUUUUCUGAAUUUCGUAUUUUAUCAUUCGAACUCUAAAUAUUUUGGAUCUAAUGUUUUUCCACGACCCGAAACUAAGAUCGACUUGGUCCUGGCGGCGGUGCAUGGAUCAGGUAGUAAAUACCUGGGCACAGGACUUCAAAGCAAGCAGACAUCCCUGACCCCCUCUUAUUAUUUAAGAAUAAAAAGAUGAUGAGAAAUAAGGACAAAAGCCAAGGAGAGGAGGGUUCAGUCCACAGCAAUGCAUCGAGUCACUCGGCAUCCGAAGAAGCCUCUGGCUCUGACUCUGCAAGCCAGUCUGAGAGCGAGCAGGGCAGCGAGCAGGGCAGCGAGUCUAACAGCAGCUCCGAGUCCUCUGAAAGUCAGUCUGAAUCCGAAAGUGAAUCAACGGGUUCGAAAUCCCAGCAGACCCCUCCUGAAACCAAAGAAAAACCAGCCUCUAAGAAGGAAAGGAUAGCAGAUGUUAAAAAGAUGUGGGAAGAAUAUCCUGAUGUUUAUGGGGUUAGGAGGUCAAACCGAAGCAGACAAGAACCGUCACGAUUUAAUAUAAAAGAUGAGGCAAGUAGCGAAUCUGAAAAUGAGAGCCCAAAAAGAAGAGGCCAGAAGCAAGUGAAAAGAAAAAAAAAGUGGAAAAGAGAGAUUUCUGGUGAAGAAGAGGAUGAAGAUGGAGGGGAUCAAGGCACCAGUGCAGAGAGCGAGCCUGAACCGAAGAGAAUUAAAGCAAAAAGACCUGUCCAAAGGAGAACAAUGGCCAAAACCAGUGUUAAAAAACCUCCCAAACUCCAGCGUGGGAAGAAGAGAAAGAGACAGGUGUCAUCUGAAGAUGACGAUGAUGAUGAAGAUGGUGAAACUCCUAAGAGACAAACUCGACGAAGAGCAGCCAAAAAUGUCAGUUACAAGGAGGACGACGAUUUUGAGACGGAUUCUGAUGACCUGAUAGAGAUGACUGGGGAAGGGGCUGAUGAACAUGAAGACAACAGUGAAACUAUUGAAAAAGUCUUGGACAUCAGGCUUGGAAAAAAAGGAGCCACUGGUGCUUCCACCACAGUGUAUGCAACUGAAGCUAAUGGCAACCCUAGUGCUGACUUUGACCCUGAAAAGGACGAGGGAGAGGUUCAUUACCUGAUCAAAUGGAAAGGCUGGUCGUACAUCCACAGCACAUGGGAGAGUGAGGAGUCCCUGCAACAGCAGAAAGUGAAGGGCCUGAAAAAACUAGAAAACUUCAAGAAAAAGGAGGAGGAGAUCAAGCAAUGGCUGGCCAAGGUAUCGCCUGAAGAUGUGGAAUAUUUCAACUGCCAACAGGAGCUGGCUUCAGAGCUGAACAAACAGUAUCAAAUCGUGGAGAGAGUAAUUGCUGUGAAGACCAGCAAGUCUGCGACGGGGCAUGCUGACUUUCCAGCAAACAGUCGCAAAACAUCCUCGAAUGACCCCGAAUACCUGUGCAAGUGGAUGGGACUGCCCUAUGCAGAGUGCAGCUGGGAAGAUGAAGCUCUGAUAAGCAAGAAAUUUCAGCACUGCAUUGACAGCUUCAACAACCGUAACAACUCCAAAACAAUUCCUACCCGGGACUGCAAGGUAUUGAAGCAGAGACCAAGAUUUGUUGCCUUGAAGAAGCAGCCUUCUUAUAUUGGCAGUGAGAACCUGGAGCUGCGAGAUUACCAGCUGGAGGGCCUCAACUGGCUCGCUCACUCGUGGUGCAAGAGCAACAGUGUGAUCCUGGCUGAUGAAAUGGGCCUGGGGAAGACGAUUCAGACAAUCUCAUUCCUGUCGUACCUCUUCCACCAGCACCAGCUGUACGGGCCUUUCCUGGUGGUGGUUCCUCUGUCGACUCUCACCUCGUGGCAGAGAGAGUUUGAAGUGUGGGCACCUGAGAUCAACGUGGUGGUUUACAUCGGUGACCUCAUGAGCAGGAACAUGAUACGUGAAUAUGAGUGGAUCCACUCUCAGUCUAAAAGGUUGAAAUUCAAUGCACUUAUCACAACAUAUGAAAUUCUCCUCAAAGACAAGGCUGUUUUGGGAAGUAUUAGCUGGGCCUUUCUAGGCGUGGAUGAAGCCCAUCGUUUGAAAAACGAUGACUCUUUGCUGUACAAAACAUUGAUUGACUUCAAGUCCAACCACAGGCUGCUGAUCACUGGCACUCCGCUUCAAAAUUCACUCAAAGAGCUCUGGUCCCUGCUGCAUUUCAUCAUGCCUGAGAAGUUUGAGUUCUGGGAGGAUUUUGAAGAAGAUCAUGGGAAAGGUAGAGAGAAUGGCUACCAGAGCCUUCACAAAGUCCUGGAGCCGUUUCUCCUACGCAGAGUGAAGAAGGAUGUGGAGAAAUCUUUGCCAGCCAAGGUGGAGCAGAUCCUCCGUGUGGAAAUGUCUGCUUUGCAGAAGCAGUAUUACAAGUGGAUUUUGACAAGAAACUACAAAGCUCUUUCAAAGGGAACAAGAGGAAGCACAUCUGGUUUCCUAAACAUCGUGAUGGAGUUGAAGAAGUGCUGCAACCACUGCUACCUUAUCAAGCCUCCCGAGGAAAAUGAGAGAGAGAAUGGCAUUGAGACCCUGCAGUCUCUGAUCAGGAGCAGUGGAAAGCUAAUUCUCUUGGACAAGCUGCUGACCAGGCUGCGGGACAGAGGCAACAGAGUCCUGAUCUUCUCCCAGAUGGUGAGGAUGCUGGACAUCUUGGCAGAGUACCUGACUAUCAAACACUAUCCUUUCCAGCGCUUAGACGGCUCAAUCAAAGGGGAGAUCCGAAAGCAGGCGCUGGACCACUUCAACGCCGACGGCUCUGAGGACUUUUGUUUCUUACUGUCAACACGAGCUGGAGGGCUGGGAAUCAAUUUGGCCUCUGCUGAUACUGUUGUUAUCUUUGAUUCGGACUGGAACCCCCAGAAUGACCUUCAGGCUCAGGCUCGGGCUCACCGCAUUGGACAAAAGAAGCAGGUGAAUAUUUACCGCCUGGUCACAAAGGGUACAGUUGAGGAGGAGAUCAUUGAGAGGGCCAAGAAGAAAAUGGUGCUGGAUCAUUUGGUGAUCCAGCGUAUGGACACCACUGGACGGACUGUUCUGGACAACAACUCUGGGCGAUCCAAUUCAAAUCCUUUCAACAAAGAAGAGCUGACAGCUAUUCUGAAGUUUGGAGCUGAAGAUCUCUUUAAGGAGCUUGAAGGGGAAGAGUCAGAGCCUCAGGAGAUGGACAUUGAUGAAAUUCUGCGUUUGGCUGAAACACGAGAGAAUGAAGUGUCUACCAGUGCCACCGAUGAGCUGCUGUCACAGUUCAAGGUGGCUAACUUUGCAACCAUGGAGGAGGAAGAGACAGAGCUGGACGAGAGGCCCCAGAAGGACUGGGACGAUAUCAUUCCCGAGGAGCAGAGGAAAAAAGUGGAGGAGGAAGAAAGGCAGAAAGAACUGGAGGAGAUCUACAUGCUGCCUCGCAUCCGGAGCUCAACGAAAAAGGCUCAAACAAAUGAUAGUGAAUCAGAUGCAGAGACAAAGAGAAGGCUUCAGAGAUCGUCGGGGUCAGAAAGUGAGACUGAUGAUACCGAUGAUGAGAAGAGACCAAAGCGCCGUGGACGUCCUCGGAGCGUUCGAAAGGAUACUGUGGAAGGAUUUACUGAUGCUGAAAUCCGGAGGUUUAUCAAGGCUUACAAGAAGUUUGGACUGCCUCUUGAGCGGCUGGAGUGCAUUGCCCGGGAUGCUGAGCUGGUGGAUAAGUCUGUGGCUGAUCUGAAGCGUUUAGGGGAACUCAUCCACAACAGCUGUGUGUCAGCAAUGCAGGAAUAUGAGGAGCAGCUGAAAGAAAACCCAGGUGAAACAGGGAAAGGACCUGGGAAAAGAAGAGGUCCUACCAUCAAGAUCUCCGGUGUCCAAGUGAAUGUGAAAUCCAUCAUCCAGCACGAAGAGGAGUUUGAAAUGCUGCAUAAAUCCAUCCCUGCAGACCCAGAGGAAAGGAAGAAGUACCGCCUGACGUGCCGUGUCAAAGCUGCCCAUUUUGAUGUAGACUGGGGAGUGGAGGAAGAUUCUCGCUUGUUAGUGGGAAUUUACGAGCAUGGUUAUGGAAACUGGGAACUAAUUAAAACAGAUCCAGAGUUGAAGUUAUCUGAUAAGAUCCUACCUGUUGAGACAGAUAAGAAACCUCAGGGAAAACAGCUCCAGACCCGUGUUGAUUAUCUACUGAAACUGCUGAAGAAGGAUUUGGAGAAGAAAGAAAAUAUGAAAGAUGGGGAAGAGGGCAAGCUAAAGAAGAGGAAACCACGAAUAAAGAAAGAGAACAAGGCUCCCAAAGUCAAAGAUGAGCAUGGGAACGAACUCUCCCCUCCUCGGCACUCAGACAACCAGUCAGAAGAAGGUGAAGUCAAGGAUGAUGGCUUGGACAAGAGCCCAGUGAAAAAGAAACAGAAGAAGAAAGAGAACAAAGAGAACAAGGAAAAACAGACAAGCACUAAGAAAGAAAAGGAAAGUGAUAAAGAGAAAAAGAAGACAAAAGAAAAGAAAGAGAAGCCUAAAGGUGGUGAAGCCAAAUCUGGAAGUAAAGGGAAGAGAUCGCAAGGUCCCGUCCACAUUACAGCGGGGAGUGAACCAGUCCCUAUUGGAGAAGAUGAGGAUGAUGAUCUGGACCAAGAAACAUUCAGCAUAUGCAAGGAAAGGAUGAGACCAGUGAAAAAAGCACUGAAACAACUUGAUAAGCCUGAUAAGGGACUGACGGUUCAAGAACAGCUGGAGCACACACGCAACUGCCUCCUAAAAAUUGGGGACCGCAUCUCUGAGUGCCUUAAAGCCUACACCGACCAGGAUCUUAUCAAGCUAUGGAGAAGGAACCUGUGGAUAUUUGUGUCAAAGUUCACAGAAUUUGAUGCCAGAAAACUGCACAAACUCUACAAGAUGGCUCAUAAGAAAAGGUCGCAGGAAGAGGAGGAGCAGAAAAAGAAGGAGGACAUGGCCAGCAUGCCCAGCAUGAAGAAGCCGUUCCGCCCAGAGCCUUCGGGCUCCAGCCGUGAUCCUGCCAUGUCCCAGUCUCACGUGCCUCACAAUCCUCAUUCCCAGAAGCUCCACAUGCCCCCUUCCCACGCCCAGCAGCAAAUGCACGGGCACCCACGUGAAAGCUACGGCCAUCCCCCCAAGAGACACUUCAGCAACACAGACCGAGGAGAGUGGCAACGAGAUCGAAAGUUCAGCUACAGUGGCAACAGCAACCAGAUGUGGGGCGGGGAGCGGCACCACCAAUACGAGCAGCACUGGUACAAGGACCACCACUAUGGGGACCGGCGAUCUCGUGGAGACCCGCACCGGAGCUCUGGGAACUACAGACCAAAUAACCUCUCCCGCAAGAGGCCGUACGAACAGUACAGCAGUGACCGAGACCACAGAGGCCACCGGGAUUAUUACGACAGGCACCACCACGACUCCAAGCGCCGACGAUCGGAUGAGUUCAGGCCUCAGAAUUACCACCAGCAGGAUUUCCGACGGAUGUCUGAUCACAGGCCGCCCAUGGGAUACCAUGGCCAAGGACCUUCGGACCACUACCGGUCCUUCCACACAGACAAACCGGGAGACUACAAACAGCCCCUUCCUCCACCUCACCCUUCCGUAUCGGACCCUCGCUCGCCCCCCUCUCAGAAAUCUCCUCAUGAUUCCAAGUCGCCUCUCGAUCACAGGUCACCUCUGGAUAGGUCGCUAGAACAGAAAAACAAUCCAGACUAUAACUGGAACAUUAGGAAAACGUAAAGUGACUGAGAAGGGGGGGGAACACAUCUUGAAAGACUUGGAUGCAACAACCAGAAACUCUGAACAUGCUGCUAUCAUCUUGCUGGGUCAAGGAGGAUUUUGGAGGAGCAGGUGGAGGAAGACUCAGUUCUAAUUUGGGUUCCCAUUUUGUUUCCCCCCUUUCUCUCAUUGAACAUUGGAACCAGACUUGCCUCAUUCUUUUUCUUUGGUUUGUUUUCCCCGAUCCAACGGACACAUGGAGAAUUUUCCUCAGCCACAGUGUUUCCUCAAAACCGAGAAGGCGGAUCAGUGCUGCUUAGGAUUGUGCCAGAAGGCUGUGUGCCUGCUUGGUCUUGAUGUUACAUGACAGAUGCUGCUCUGGGACUGGGGAUAAACUGGUUGGGCUGGGCUUUGUGUGUAACCAGCAUAGGUCAAUGGAUGGUAUAUUCCAGGAGGGAUAGGAGAUUCCCUCAGCAUCCAAGCUGUUGUUGUCACAAGGGCUUGGUUGAAAGAGGAGCUCUGUGUCCCAACAGUGACUCCAAAGGAGUUGGAUCCAUGCUGGUGACAAUCCAUCACUUUUCUGGACUCAUGAUCAUUUCUCGUGUCUUUAUCCAUUUCAAGAAACUGGCUCUGCUCUGUCUGCCAUCGUGUCCACUGCCGCAGAAGAGCAGAGGGGGAUCCAGGGCUGGAAUCAGCAAACCUUGACUCUGGGAGACUCUGAGCUAUGUGAAAAAAGGCAGACUUCUGUAGCAAAGGCUUAUUUCACUUCCAACAAGUAGGAAAGAAACUAGGGCGAGAGCAGUAUUUCCUCAUGGACAGGGCACAAGAAUUCAGAACAAGACCCCUCUUCUCUCCUAACAUGGGCAGCUUGGAUAUCCAGGAAUUAACACAGGUGCUGGCUGGGAGCUGUGAGUUACCAGGACAAGAGAUGGCUCUUGGCAUCUGGGGACCCUGAAACUCCUAAUUCUGGGCAAGUCAUUUCUCUCUGUGCUUCACAAAAUGGUGAUCACAAACCUUUACUACAACCAAAAGAUAAGGAGGGGGUGGUAGCACAGAGUUGAAUGGCAGUGCUGUGAGCUGAUCUCUGUCUGGGAAUGGUCACACCUGUCACCUUCCUGCCACCAUUCACCAGUCCAAGUUGGAGAUGUGCCUGCGGGCUUAGCACUUAAGUGAGGAGGAAAAAGAAAAAAAAGAAGGAAUUCAGGACUUGGUACUUAAAAAUUCCUGGUGCAAAUGUUUUAGAGGCCCAGCGUGGCAGAGGGAGAAGAGCGGUUUGCAGCCCAGCUCAGUGGGAUUCAGAGCAAACAUUCCUCCAAGUGUUGGAGUCAUUGGAAA